AUGAAUAAUUUAUAUCAAAAAUAAGCACAAGAAUAAUAGGAAACAAUAUGCAAAAUACAUAAUUUAGAAUUAAUUGCAGUUGACAUGGACUUAUCAGAUAAAGCAAAAGUUCAAUUCUUAUGUAGUAAAUGUCUAGUUGAGAAGAUAAAAAACUAUAAAGUGACUACAAUAGAGUAAUCAAAAGAGAGAAUUUAAUAAAUAAAGAAAUAAUAAAAAGAAAUUAGAACUAAAGAGAAUCAAGCAAGACUCACAUAUUAUAAAAAUAUAUUAGAUCAAAUUAUGAAUUUUAAAUAAUUUAUUGAUGAUUCUUUGGAUAAGACAUAUAAAUAAAUAUAAUAGUAUAUAUAUCCAAUUUAAAAAGAAAAAUAAGAAUUAUAAGAUUAUGAUUUAUAAUUAAAUUACUUUGAAGAUGUUUAAUAAUUGUCAGAAUUAUAUACCUAAAAUUAAUAAUAAUCAAUGAAAUUAUAAGAAGAUAAUAAUUUUAUUGAUGAAAUAUCAAGACAAUUCGAAUUAUUAUUGAAUUCUUCUGAAUAUUCUUAGACUUUAGAAUUGUUUAAGAAUACAAAAGAAACAAUAAAAGAUUUUAAAGAAAAUAAUGUAAUUGAAUUAUUUCAAUUCAUUACCAAUAAAUAAAAUGAAUUUGUAUUUUUAUUUAAUAUUAAUAGAGAACACCAAGCUUAAAUAGAAUUUGUAAUAAUCAUAAAAAAGAAAUAAUUAUGAUUGAUAUGGAUUCAUAAAGUAAAAAAAUUGAAGAUAGAUUAGUUUGUGUUGAUUGUAUUGCAGAAAACCCAUUAAUUAAAUAUUAAACUAUUCAAAACGUAGAUAACUAAUGGAAAGAAUAUAAUUCAUUAUCUGAAAAUUGUUUAAUUGAACUUUAAAUGGAAAGUAAAAUCAAAAAAUCAGAAUUAUUAAAAUAAAUAGCAUAAAUGAGAAAGAAUUAUAAUAAAAAAUUGAUUGAAAUUAGUGAUAAAUUAACUGUAGAAUAAUAUUUAUGCAAUGAUUAGAUCAAAGAAUCUAAUCGAAUUAAGAGAACUUCUAUUUAAGUAUUGGAUAAUGAAUAAUUAAUAAAAGAUCUAAAAUAAUUGAUUGAAUAUGAAAAGAAAAAUGAAAUAGUUCCAUAAAACUAAAUAAUUAAAAAUAUAAAAAAUAAAGAUUCCAUAUUCAAAAAAGACUUAGAAUAUCAUUUUGAAUCAUUAAAAUAACUUUAUAAUUAAGAUAUUUAAUAGUCACUAGAUAUUCUAAAGGAAAUUUCAAGUAUUUAUUUAUUUAUAUUUAAUUAGAAGAAAGUAAUCUAAUAACUAUGUUAUCUGAAAUGAUUUAAUAAAUUGAAAAAAGUAAAUAAAAAGAUGAUAAUUAUUAAAAUUAAAUUAAUAUUAUUAAAGAAAUAUAAGAAUUAGUUGAUGAUGCAAAAAGGUAUUAAUUCUAAGAAAAUCAAUUUGAGUAGACUAAAAAGCUUUAUUAAUCAAUUAAAUAAAAGAUAGAAUUGAUUUAAUAAAAUAUUAAAUUAAAAUCAAAAGAAAAUUAAACAGAAUCGUAAUCUUAAUUACUAAAAUCUUAAUAUUCAAAUAUAUAAAAUAUUUUAAAUGAGUAUUAAACUAUUUUUGAAAAUAAUAGUAUUUAAAUGAAAAAAUAUUGUAAUAUUAAAUAAAUGGAGGAUGAUUUAAUCAAAUUAACAGAAAAUAAUAAUAAAUUAGAGAUUGAAAGUAAUAUUCUAUAAAUAAUAAAUAGAAAAUAAUUUUAUUAAUUCUAUUUAAAAGUCAUUGGAGCAAAAACUCAAUGAGAUCAAUAGUAAAUUAGAAAUUAAAGAUAAAGAAUACAAAGAUAUAAAAGUAUAAUAUGAUUCAGCAAUUAAAGAUAAUAUAAAUCUGAAAAAUUAAUAUGAAUAGGAGAAGAUGACAACGAUGAAGAAAUUCUAAGAUGAAUGUAUUAAAUUUUCAUAUUAUACAAUAGAAAACAAAUUUAUGUAGGAAUUAAAUCAAAAUUUAAAUUUAAAAAAUUAAGAAUUACAAGAAGCAAAAACGAAACUUGAUUAAAUUAAUAAAGAUAAGUUAGAAUAAGAAAAAUUAUAUGAAAUGGAAUUAAAAAAAGUAAAAAAUAUAAUCAAUUGAUAAUUUUUAGAUUCAAUUGUAUUAGAAAUCAUUAUCAUUUUCAAAUGCUUAUAAAAAUGGAAACUGUUAAGUUACUGAAGGUGGAAAAGUUGUGGCGGAUGUUGGUAAUAGCAGUUGGAGUUAUUGUCUUUGUGAAUAAGCAAUACCAAAGACAGGAAAAAUAUAGUUUGCUUUUUAAAUACUUAAUGGAUCAGCUUUUAUGGUUGGAAUAGGAUUUAGAGAGAUUAUGUAAAAACAUAAUUAUUAUUAGUGCUAUCAACCUGGUUAUGGGUAUAUUAUCAUAUUAUAAUAGAACAUAUUUAAUAGAAAAUAAUUGUACUAUUUUUUCUCAUCAUAACAAAGAUUUAUUUCUUAAAAAAUUCUCAUUUUAAUUUACAAAUAAUGAGAUAAUAAUAAUCGAAGUAUGUAUUGAAAAUAAAUACAUUAAAUGGAGUAGAUAUAAUAAUCCAUAAUUAAUAUUUGUUGUAAAUGUUUAAUCAAUUAUUAGUAGUUAGAUAUAGAUACAUCAUAAGAACUAUAUCCAUGUGUGGGUGUGA